AUGUCUCCUCGACCGUUACGACACUGCAGGUCUCGACGGAUGUCCGAUCGACGCGCGUCCGCGCGUUCGGACGCCUCGCGCGCGCUCUCGCUCGAUCGCGUCGACGCCGUCCUCGCCCGCGUCGCCGCGGUGAAGUCCAGAGCCGAGCGUUUACGCAGAGACGCGAGCGUUGAUGACGACGAUGCCGUUGGGGCACCGAGCGUGGAUGAUUUAAUCGAUUCUCUCGACGCGUUGCGCGUGCGAGAGGGCGCGCACAUCGCGCGCGCGGUGACGCCCACGCCCGCGGUAGUCAAAGAGUUGAUUCGAGCGAAGACGGAGACGACGCGCGAGGAAAAGAGCGGGGUGAGGGUUGGAUUGGCGAGCGACGCGCGCAUGGAGCUGCACGAAAAGGAUGGACACUUUGAACGGCCGGCGAGACAUCGAGUGGUGGUGAACGAGAUGCGCGCGGAUGGACUGGAGAGUCGGUGUGAGCGGUUGAGGUGUCGAGAGGCGACGGUGGAGGAGCUCGAGCGGGCGCACUCAAAGGAACACGUGGCGUUCGUCGCGAGCGCGUUUGACGAAGACGGCGAGUCGGUGCAGAUCAUGACGGGCGAGAAUGUGUUUGGUGAUGAUAUCUUCUUCACUCGACACACCGCGGCGGGAGCCAGGAUGGCGGCUGGAUCCGUUUCAGAGGCGUGUUUGAGCGUGUGCAGGGGUGAUGUCGAUCGAGCGUACGCGGUGGUUCGCCCCCCGGGACAUCACGCCGUGUGCGCUCAAGCGAUGGGCUUUUGCUUCUUCAACAACGCCGUCGUCGCAGCUCGAGCGGCUAUGGCGGAGCACGCGGACGUUAAAAAGGUGGUGAUUCUUGAUUGGGACGUCCACCACGGAAACGGGAUACAGGACCUCACGUUUGACGACGAUUCGAUUAUGUACGUGUCGCUACAUAGGUACGGUGAUGAUUUCUAUCCCGGCACGGGCGCCGCGUCCGAGGUCGGGGCGAAAGGGACGAACGUCAACGUGGCGUGGAAGGAGAAGGGUCUUGGCGAUGCCGAUUACCUGGCCGCGUUCGACAUCGUCAUCGAACCAUGUGUGCGGGCUUUUGCGCCUGAUUUGAUCAUCAUCGCGGCGGGCUUUGAUGCCGCAGACGGGGACCCGCUUGGCGGGAUGAUGCUAUCGCCGGCAGGGUAUCAGCACAUGACGAAAAGGCUCUGCAAUAUCGGGACGGGGCGUGUCGUUGUCGCUCUCGAGGGUGGGUACGCGCUGAGACCGCUCGCGACGUGCGCCUCGGCCACCUUACGCGCGCUGCUGGGAGACGAGCCAACGCCGAUUAGUACUCGGUCGAGACCUCGAAAAUCGAGCAUAAAGUUGUGCAAAGAGCUCGUGGGUAUUCUCGCCGAGCACUGGCCCGUGCUCGAGAGCGAUGAACAUCGAAAUACGGUGGAAAAACUCUCAAAGAGUUCCACUAUCGUGGGAUCAGCGCGUGAGUACGCAGUGGGCCGCCGCGCGCGACCGACGAAAUCGACGUCGACUUCUUCCACCGCGACCGCCGCCGGAGCGGUGUGCAAUUAG